AAAUAACAGCCCUUUGCUCAGCAAUAAAUCCCUUUUGUAUUUAAGGUUUUGCCUUCCUACCCAUUAAACCUCUCCUCAUCAGCAGUACUUUUACUUUUCAGAAACAAAUAUUCAGUAUUAUAGGCUAGGAGUUCUUUUGUUUUCCCCCCAUAGAUGUAAAACCCUGAGGGAUUUACGUAUCUACUUGAUAGGCUCACACAAUCUUAAUCAGCCUAUAAUGGAGCUAAUGGCUGUUUGUCAUCCUUGGAGAUAUAAAUUUCCUGGUGAUGUCUACUGCAGUCAGUACAUGAAGUAUGCUCUGACUGCCAGCAAGGUCUAAUAACCGGGAGAAGGGCAGCCAGCUUCAUUAGCGAGCCUGAGACCGUGCCGGCUGCUUUUCUGGGGAACUGUGCUUUUUGAAUACCGGGAGGGAAUAAUGGACAAUACCGUUGAUGGUUUGGACAAGGCUUCAAUUGCUAACUCAGAUGGACCAGCCCCAGGAUCCCAAACUCCCCCCUUCAAGAGGAAGGGCAAACUCUCCAACAUUGGCAAAAUCUUUAAACCUUGGAAAUGGCGGAAGAAGAAGACCAGUGACAAAUUCAGAGAAACAUCAGCAGUGUUGGAAAGGAAGAUUUCGACAAGACAAAGCAGAGAGGAGCUGAUAAGAAGGGGAGUGCUGAAGGAAAUGCCUGAGCAAGAUGGUGAUGUAACAGUAAAUUUUGAAACUUCAAAUGGACACACUGUAGCCAUUGGUGAAGAAACUAUACAGGAAGAAAAUGUGGUAAAAGCCAGUGGAAAUAAUGGCACUUUAUCAGAGAAAGCAUCGGCAUCAGAAGGAAAAAAGGAAGAUCAGAAAGAGAGCACUGGUCAUUGCCCAGAAAUACCGACAUCCCAUGUUCCACCACUACCUAAGCCUAAGCCUAAACCUAAAAAAGCUCCGCUACCACCAAAAAAUGCCAUUGCCGCUUCCACCACCAGCAGCCAUAAGGGUAACGAAGCACCUCAUGCUAAAAAAAAGGGAAAGGCUCCUGCUAAGCAGCCUCCUCUCCUGCCGCCCAAGCCAACAGGCGCCAGUGCAAAUCGAGAAGCUGCCAGUUCCUCUCAUGCAAAGAAACCACCAGUCUCCAAGUCUUCUUCAUCACCAUCUCCUUCAUCUACAUCAUCUCAUCCCAAAGCCUCUAAGGAGACUUCCAGCAAAUCUGGCACAUCAGGGACUCCCAGGGGCAAGAAAAAACCUGGGAAGCAGUCAGCCCCACGAACAGCACCAGACGGGGCUACUUCUUCCCCCUCAGGUGCGACAGCCGACAGUUUGGAAGCGAAGGCAGAAAAACCCAAGCCUGAGCAAACUUCCAUAGUAAUUUUUGAAAUGGAGAAUGCAGACCAGUCCAGCAAGCUUGUCGUGCCCCCUCCUCCCAGCGCUGCCCCUCCUCCACCUCCACUUCCACCUCCUUUUCCCGCUGCAGCUAGUCAGCCUGCUGGCUCCUCAGAUGCCCAGGAUGUGUCAGACAGCUGCGUGGCAGGGCCAUGCAGCCCUGGGUCAGACACAAAGCCUCUUCUCCCAGCUGAGCGUGGUGCAGACCAGAGUCCGAGCAGCGGAGCCCUAGGCAGCGCUCCAGAUGCCGGAGGAGAAGCCACGGAAAGCUUGGCUACCAAAGAAGACCAGGAAGGGGAGGCUCCGGAUCAAGCAUUCUCUGAACUAGUGGAGGAGGCUUCUGAUGCUGCUGCCCCUCCUGAGAGUGAAAGCAGCAGAGAGAGCCAUGGCAGUGACUCGGACUCCGACGGGCCGAUCCUGUACACAGAUGAUGACGAUGAUGAUGAUGAUGAGAAUGCAAGUACUGAAAGCUCUUUGGCAAGUAAAAUUCGUCGUAGGGAUACUCUUGCUAUCAAACUUGGCAACAGACCAUCUAAGAAAGAGUUAGAAGACAAAAACAUCUUGCAGCGUACAUCCGAAGAGGAGAGGCAGGAAAUCAGACAUCAGAUUGGAACAAAGCUUGUGAGGAGACUUAGCCAGAGGCCCACAACUGAAGAGCUGGAGCAAAGAAAUAUCCUAAAGCAGAAGAAUGAAGAAGAGGAACAGGAAGCCAAAAGAGAAAUAAAACGUAGACUCAGUAGAAAGCUCAGUCUGAGGCCUACAGUGGCUGAACUUCAAGCGAGAAGAAUCCUUCGAUUUAACGAGUACGUGGAGGUUACGGAAUCUCCGGAUUACGACCGUCGUGCUGACAAGCCUUGGGCCAGGUUAACUCCUGCAGACAAGGCAGCAAUACGGAAAGAACUGAAUGAAUUUAAAAGCACAGAAAUGGAAGUACAUGAGGAAAGUCGGCAAUUUACCAGGUUUCAUCGUCCAUAACUGUUUGACCACAUCCCAUAUUACAAGUAACAAUUUUCUUUGGGAAAAUCAUUGCAUCCUGAAGACCUGAAAUUGCACUGUAACUUGAUAGAGUAUGAGUGUGUGCUACAGCUUACCCUGAGGCUAAUGAAGAAAGUGGCCCUUGUUGUUGUCACUGGACAAAUGAUUAGUCUAGAAGGAGAACCCACAGGAUGCGUUUGUUCAUGUCCAGACAAACCUCGGUUCUGUGGCCAGCCCACACGGACAAGCCAGUGGACUUGUUUGUCAAGAGCUCCACGAGUCAGGAAGUGCUGAAGACAAUCGCUGGAGAGCCUGAUGCCAGGAUCUCAUUGGGCUUCAUGGGGUUGGGACUGAGGGCAACAAAGACGGUGUGGGGGGGUGGCAAAAGAACUGAGAGCUGGGGGAAAAGAGCCUUUGUUUGUCAGUCCACAGAGAUAAGUGGAAUGGAUGGGACUGCUCAACAAUGCACUUGGCCAGUGGAAAUAAUUAUUUUAAAAAAGAAAUAGAGUGUAAGCAACUGUGCAUGUAGGUUUUUUAGUGGCUGCAGCCUGUCUUAAAAAGAUAGCAAGCCAUAAGUCCUCGUGUCAUCAGUACUUUAGGAAGAACUAUCAUUUUCUUUGGUGCCAGUAAAUACAGUUGCCAGAAAUUAGUAUAACUCAACUGUCUUUUUUUAAAUUCCAGUGCGCAUGCUUCAGGAAAACACAUGGAACAUUCAUACAGAACAAGUAAUAUAUUUUUUGGUUUUUUAAUGUUGACAUACUCUGGAUCUUCAAAGAUACAUAAACAGGAUUUGAAGGACAAAUAAUGUGACACUAUGAGUGCAAUGAAAUGCUUUGUGUUUAGAAACACUCCUUGCUGUCUGUCACUUGCCAUUCAAACCAGAGGGAUCAUUAUCUUUGUCAUCCAUGGCAGGCAGUGGUGACAACUUCGACAUCAUGCUAGUGUGAACCCAAAGUCAGAAUUGAAAUUAGGCACAGAAGUCUUUAUUAAUAGGCCUGAGCGGUGAUUCCUAAUGUAACUUUUUACAUUUAAGGACUCUUGCACUGCUUUGAGGAAGAACUCCCAGACUAAUCAGUAUGUCUUCAGCUAGUGGUCCUUUAAAAGUGAAAGAAAAAUCCUUUAAUUAUCUCCAGUUUUUGUUGAGUGUGAAGAAUGCUUCUUAGAUUCCUAAUUUUUUAUACUAUCUUGAAAUUUUACAUGUGAAUAGAGUACUAUUAAAAUUAAGUGGUAUGGAGUGUGAAAGGCAAUACAUGUUUUUUUCUAAGUUGGCCCAAAGGCCUAUUAAAAAGCCUGUGGCAUUGUUUACACUAAGAAAUUCUCUGUCCUAUAUUAGCACUUAUUUAUCCUUUGAAUUAGUGUACACAACAUUGGGGGAGGAGGCUCUGGAAUUCACAUAUGCAUACAUUUAAUGCAGUAUUACAAUAUAUUUGCUAUUUAUCCUUUCUAAUGUGUGUACAUAGUACAAUUUAUUUUUUGUCUUUUAUGUGUCCUGUUCAGUUUUUAAUUAUGAAGUGUAAGUAUUUCUUUUUCCGGCAAUAAAAGGUCUGUGUAGAUGUGAUUUUUACCUCA